AUGAGCGCUUCAAUUUGCAGCAACUAUAUAAAUAAUGUUUACUUAGAAUUUAACUUGUUCAAUAACUUUUUAAAAGAUUUAAAUCAAAAAAUAUUAAGUAGUAAUAACGAUAAAUACACACCUAUAUAUGACAGUUGUAUUGAAAAUGCAUAUAACGUACAAAACAAAUACAAUGCAUGGAACCAUGGUGAGGAAGUUAUUGACGAAGAGUUUAUGGAACAUUUUUCACAAAACAUUAUUAUAAAUAUUAAAGCAUUCUUAAGGAACAAUUUUUGCUGCAUAGAUGAAAAUUUGGAGAAUUUAAAAAAUCGAAAUAAAAAAUUAAUAGAGAAAUUAAAAGUGGACUUAGAAAAUGCCGAAAAUCAAGAAAAUUACAUAUAUGAGUUGGAAAAGAGUUUAAAAUUAGAAAAAGAAAAAAAUAAGAAUGCAUACAUCUUACAGGAAAAAAUAAAUAAUCUCUUAAAUCAAAAUGAAAAACUGAAGAAUAGAAAUGAUCAACUGGAGAUGUCCUCAUGGAAACAACGAGAAGAAAAUAGCAAAAUAAAGGUUGAACUAAAAAAAAUUUUGUCUCUUAAGGAAAAAAAAAAUGAAUAUGAUAAUAGUAUGAGUUCAUAUAACAAAUUAAACAAAAGCAUGAGUACAUUAUUUAAAAAAAUUAAUAACAAUAUACAAAGGAGUAAGUGUGAAAAAUUGAUGUUAGAAAAAAGUAGAAAUUACAGUGAUAAUUUCUUGUAUACUAUCCAAAGUAUAAUGCAUAACCAGGCAGAACCCCUUGAUGAAAAAAAUCAUCAUACGGGAGAAAGCAGAGAUAAAACGGAGAAUUGUUCAGAACAAAAUUAUAUACCCAAAAAAGAUAUCAAAAUAAGUAAAUCAUUUCAUAAUAAACAUAAUUCUUAUAAUAUGGAUUACUCAAAUCAAAAAUAUCAAAAUUACCAUGUACAUAAGUUAACUAGUGAAUCAUGCAACAAUAUGAUUAAUUCUAGCCAUAUUUUUUUUAGUGGAGGAGACAAAAGAGGAAUAAGUAAAAAUGAUUUGAGCUCCUAUAAAAUGUACAAUAACAAGAAUUUUAAACAUAUUGGUGAAGAUGAAACCAUAUAUAAAAAUGUAGAAUUUGAAAAAAAAGAAAUUAUCAAAGGGAAAUGCCGAAACAUGGAUAAUUUCGAUAUAAAUAAUUGCAUGCACAAAAGAGAUUUCAUUCAUGAUGAUUAUUUCACUGUCAGAGAGAGUACUCUGUCUUGUUGCAAUAACACUGUACUCAUAGAUAUGCGAAAGGCUAUAAGUAAUAAAUGA